UGGCAAUGAUUGGGUAUGGGACACCUGACUUCUAGAAAGAAAUCCGCCCUUCCUUGGUGGACGUUGCUGCAAUUAGGCGAAAGGUGGUCGCGCCCGAAUGUUGAUCCUUUGAGCCUCCAAGCCUUCCUCCCUACUGAUAAAAAGGCUCACUUACUCUGUCAUCUCCUGUCCUUUAGCAGAAAAUACACAGCACUUAUUCUUGAUCCAUAGUCUUUCACCACAUAGUAAUAUCUUAGUAUGGCGGGCAAGGAUCGAGAGCGUAAACACUUGCGGUUAUUUUCUAGCCAUCGUCGUCAAAACGUCAAGCCUCGACAGGCACAUCGCCGACCUCCUGCGGGCUCCGGAAGUGUACCUUACACGGAUGGGAUCGCGGAGUCCAUGGAGGAUAAAAUCUCUCUAACGGAGCGUAGUGACAUUGACCCCGCGUAUGCGCAGACUGAUGCCGACAUGACGGAAAACUGGGAUGCUACCCUCGCGAAUCCUUCCGUACAUGUAUCCUCCACGGGCUUUCUCAGAUCUUCGAUAACCGCUUUGCAGGAGGGAAACCAUGCCAAUGCUGCGGCAUAUUAUCUCCCUAGAUCCAGCUAUGAUUUGCAUGCGCCGGAUAGCUCGCUUGACAAUACCCAACUGACUUCGCCGUACUCGACGCACACCACCACGGGUAUCGGCACUGCAUGGAGCGGGUCGUAUCCAACAUAUCCUUCCUCGAGCGACGGAUACGCCACGACCAUGUCUACGUCCGGCGAUAUGAUCUCCUACAUCCAGCCACAGCAGUACGACAGAGGUCAUACUAGUUAUGAUGUUUCAAUAACUAGUUCACCUCCAGGCGUGGAAGUUAUGGACGACGACGACAAUACGCAAGCCAUAGACAACAUAUCUAGUCAGGACCCGGGUUCAAAUACUCAAGCAUUGCCAAACCCCUCUUACUCACCGCCUUCCCGACGAUGGUCUAUUGAUAACCACCAUGGUUCUACCGUGUAAGUCCAGCCACAUCCCAAGGAGGACACAGGCUAACCCCCCCGAAGUGAUUUCAUACAGGGGGAUACAGACAGUCUGUCCGAGGAGCAGAAUUCUUCCAUCGACGGAAGACCG